AUGACUUCAAAAAAAUAGAUCUUGUUGGCUCUAAUAAUACUGGUAUCGCAUGCCGAUCAUCCUACUGAUUCACAAGAACCGAUAGUAACCUAAUAUGGAGGGCUCUAUGAAUCUCAAAAUAUGGCUUGUUCUACAAGAGACAUGGGUUAUGCAUCCUAUAACCUCGGAUCUGAUUUCAAUUUGAGAUUGUGGUUUUACAUGUUUGACACUGUCGGUGAGCAAACAUUAUAUGGAAAAUACAAUGUUGAUCCUGCAACAGGUGAUAUGCAAACAUAGCUUCGAAUUUAUACAAUUGGAACAAGACUCUACGUGGAUAUGAAUGAUGCUGCAAGUCCUGGAGAUCCUGGAAACACUGACACAACUCAAUAUUAAAACUCAGUUUAUGUCUAGAGUGGAUGGAAUUAUUUAGUAGUGUCAUUCAAUGUCAGAGGAGGAUUAUUUUUUGGCUCUAAAAGAAUGGACUCAGACAUAUUUGUGAUAAAUGAAGGGAGCUGUGGGACUGUAAGAUCUGCAAAUACAAACAACAUAAUGAACAGAGAGUAUUAUGAUGAUGAUACGUACUUCAUGUGUAUCGGAAACGAACUGAAAAAUACCAAUACUGGAGCUGGCACUGAAUUCUCAGGAACUUCCCCUUUUUCAGGAUACAUUAAGAGUGUAGCUGGAUACACUGGUGAUAUUUCAUCAGCAGCAACCUUUGCUGCUGACUACCAAUGCUCAGGAUGUACUGGAAAUUGUACAAUGUGUGACUCUACUGGAGUGUGCCCAAUAUCAAGAAGAGAUCCAGAAUUCUUGAUUUAUGACUUUAAAGAAGGAAGUGAUUUAGGAGCCUCAACUUGGAUUGGUACUUAAACCGCUGAUCAUGGCACAGGGCCCUCAUUUACCUUAGCUUAGGAUUGGUUUGUAAAUUCUCCUUACUAUGUUGAUAACUAAGGUUUCUACUUUGACAAUAGCCCUACUUGCUCCGCAUCUGGAUUUAGUUAUGGCUCAACAACGACUGGGUUUUCACUUGGUGUUUGGUUUAAAUAUAGCAGCGCUGGUUCCUUAGUUACACUUAAAACUGGAGCAGGAGCGAACUAUGUCGAUUUAAGAGCAACCGGCUCAGGAUUUACUGUAACACUCGGUGCUUUGUCAACUACCUUGUCUUGUACUUAUAGCUCAAACACUUGGUAUUACGUUGUGCUAACAAUGUCAGUAUAAACUAAAACAGCCUAAAAUAUUUGCAUAACUAUUGGUACUUGCUCAAGUUGUUCAUAAGUAGCUGCAAGAUUUGUAGACCCAGGAAAUAUGCAGAUUUGUCUAGGCCAAAAUAGUUUCAGAGGCACAAUCAAAUCUAUUCAUUUCUACGAUUAUCCCAUAAGCAAUUAGGAGGCCACUCAUACUUAUGCCACAACAUGUGUACCAUUCAACGGUGUUAACUGCAGUAAGUAACUGGCUUAAAUCAAACAUGUUUUAGAUUAUUGCGAUAAGACAACUGCUGAAUGCUACUCUAAUUGCGCUAAUAAUCAAUAUGGAAAUAGUUGUGAUCCUUGUGAUUUAAACUGUACAUCUUGCUUUAAUGCCAAGAAUUAUGAAUGCUACUCUUGUGGAUUAGAUACUACUACAGUCGUUCCAUACAAGUAAUUUGUUUACGCUUAGACUCUUUGCCCUUACUGUGGUGACUCAUAUGUUUACUAUUCUACUCCUUAUUUAGAAGAGUGUGAUGAUGGAAAUAUCCUUGGAGGAGAUGGCUGUAGCAAGACAUGCUAAAUUGAGUAGCUUUAUACUUGCACUCCCUCACUUACAGAUACGGUUGGCCCUAGUGUUACCCCGUUCAUUAUUAAAGCUAAAGAUUGUGAUGAUGGAAAUAUGAUAACUGAUGACGGAUGCACUUCUCUUUGCAAUUAAAAUACAGGUUGGACAUGUGCUAAUGGCACAGCUACAAAAGCUGAUGACUGCUAUGAGAUCUGUGGUGAUGGAUACGAUUACUUUAAAUAUCCAUGUGAUGACGGAAAUACGAUUGAUGGAGAUGGCUGUGAUUCUAAGUGCUAGAUUGAGUCUCCUGACUAUACUUGCAAGUACGGAGACCUCCCGUUACCAGAUAUUUGCACCACAAAAUGCACAAUUAGAACUUCUGAUUAUGGUGAUUAACCAUGUAUUGAUUCGAACGGUUCACCUCUUGAUGGUUGUAAUCCUAAUUGCGAAGUAGAGUAAGGAUGGGAAUGUACAAGGGGAUCUCCUUAUGGAAUUGGUAUUGAUGAGGAUAUAUAAUAUUUGAAAUAGAUUAAUGUUUGGAAGUUUGUGGAGAUUCUUGGGAUUAUGACUAAUAUGAAUGUGAUGAUGGAAAUGUUAACUAUCCUUUUCAAAGAUAUUAUGAUGGAUGGAGGUUAUGACUGCAGAUACUCAGACUGGUUUUCGAGAGACGCUUGCAAUGAAAUCUGCGGAGAUGGACUGAACUACGGUGUUUAGGGAUAGUGGAACUAUUUGAACAAUAAUGAGUGCGAUGAUGGAAACUAAAGACCUGGAGACGGCUGCGAUCCUACAUGUAGAAUUGAAAGAGGUUGGACCUGCUCAGGGGGAAAUACAGGAGUUGAAGAUGUCUGUACGCAUGAAUGCGGAGAUUGGAGAAAAUUUUACCAUGAGCAUUGUGAUGAUGGCAACGACAUCAAUGGAGAUGGCUGCAGUUCAGGAUGCAUUGAAGAAGCUGGUUUCAGAUGUACAGGAGGUGAGCAUCAUUGGAGGGAUACCUGUGUGGAACUUUGCGGAGAUGGAAGAAAUAGUGGAUACUUCAAUUGUGAUGAUGGGAACACUGUUUCUGGAGACGGCUGUAGCUCAACUUGUACACUUGAAUCUGGCUAUUAGUGUAUUGGUGGAAACUCUACAACAGCAGAUGCUUGUAGAGAAGUAUGUGGAGAUGGCAUAAAUCUUGAAUCUGUUGAAUGCGAUGAUGGAAACCUUUUAAAUACUGAUGGGUGCAACGAUUUAUGUGAAGUUGAAGAAGGCUAUUAUUGUGUACAUGCAGUGAAGGGCAGAGAUAAGUGUUAUGAAGUAUGUGGGGAUGGUAUUAUGCUUGGUUCAUUUUCCUGUGAUGAUGGAGAUCUUAUUAACGAUGAUGGUUGUGAUGAUAAAUGUAGAAUAGAGGAGUGCUGGGAAUGUGAUGGGCUCUCUCCUACUACUUGCUGGAUAGAUCCAAUAAACACAAUAGGCAUAACAAAUGCUACAAUGGCAGAUGAUUAAUCGAAUGUGACAAUAUACUUCAACAAUUCUGUUAUUCUACAAGCUGGAUUUGAUAUCCACAAGGCCAUAUCAGUGGAAGUAACAGGCCCAUUAGCUCCAUAUAACUUUUCUUGGUACUUAAAAGAUGCUGAUUUCAUUUUCAACAAAGUCUAAACAAAAGAAUUCUCGAUCAUGAUUGACUAUCUUGAUACUUAUAAGCUAGCUCCUCAAUCAUACUGCUAAUCUGCAGGUGUUGGAACCUACGGCCUCUACAUUGUCGGUGGCUAAUUGGCAUUUGGAAUGAUAUUCUCGCUUCUAGGAUAUUCAGCUGGAGGAGCAUGGGAUGCUUUCUAUUUAUUAUAGCAGACUCACUUAAUACCAGUAGCAUCAAUUGCAGCUCCAUCUUGUGGAAUUUAUUUCUAUCAAGAAUUUAAAUGGACAAAUAUGGAAGAGGACAGUAUCGCAACUUGGAUGCGCCAUGCAAUGUGUAACGAUGGUAAUGUAACAGAAAUGAGACCACCAACUUCGAACUUUGUUUAAAAUGGAUAUGAGUACAAUAAUAUUGGUUAUAAUCUAGCAGAUAUGCUAACUAUAGCAAUGUUUGCUCUUGCUGUAAUACCAGCAAUUUCUGUGAUCAAGUUACUGUUACCCAAUGCUGUUGUGAUUGACAAUAUGGAUAGAUUUAUCAAAGGAAGAUACCUUAUCGCAAUUAUAAAUAUCACCUACCUAAAGGUAGCAUUCCUAACUAUGCUUAAUUUUACAUUCUUUGAUACUACAACUCCAUCUAAAGCUUUUAAUUCCUACGCAUCUAUUGUUAUGCUAUUGUACAUAACUAUUGUUCCUCUCUACUAUCUAGCUGAGACUGUAUAUUUCUAUAAAGAGUUAAAAUCAUUGAAAAAAGCCCUGGAUUAUUAAAGUGUAUUCACUGGUGAAUAAAACAAGGAAAAUAAAUAAGUAAUAGAGGAUUAAGUAAAGAUCAUUAGGAAUAAUUACAGAAAUUAAGUAUUAUUUGAGGAAUACAAAAUCGAUAACUACUAUUAAUACGGUUUUAUGGUCAUGUUUUGCAUUAAGAGAAUGGUAAUAGCUCUUGUACUAGCGAAGCUUCACACAAACGUUGACUAUUAACUAUUCUUUCUAAGUACAAUGGCUGCUGUGACUAUGACGUAUAUUGCAGCAAUACAGCCUUACAAGUAUCCUUACAGAAAUGGAGUCGCUAUUUUGAAUGAAGCAGGCGUCUUCUAUAUCACAACAGCUUCAAUGGUUUGGGCAAGAGCAGAUCUCUUUUGUGCCAUGAAUUUUAGAGGAUUUGUUACUCCUAUGGCGUAUACAUUUACAGCAUUUCUUGGAUUUUAGGCCUUAAUUUGGUUGAUAUGCUAAUUUGCUUUCCUAAGUACAAAGAACGGUGCUACGGCUCCUGUUGCUGUUGAACCUGAAAUAGUACCAAAGGAAAUUGCAAUUAGAUCAUAGUUUAAGAACCUUCAUGAGUAAGUAGAAGAAGAGAGAAAGAGACAAAAAGAAGAAAGAAUAAAUGAAAUGAAGAAAGAACUCAAAGAUAAAAAUAAGACUGAGGAAUAGAAGUAAAAAGAAGCGCAGGAAAAAGCUAAUAAGGCAGAUGAUGACCAAAUUGUUGGACUUCCCCAGCCAACAGAAGGAGAUGAUGCUGCAAUUAAGAAACAACCUUCAAAUGCCAAUCAAUCAGAAGAGGAGAAGAGUGAAUCUCUUAUGUCACAAACUGUAACUACCAAGAAAAAUGAGACCACAUAGUAAUAGAGUGAUGACAUAAGUGAGAUAGAUGCUUCAGAAAAAAAUCAAUCAAAGAGUAGAAAUAAUUAAACAUCUUAUGAAGAUGAGGAUGAUAGCCGUGAUCUUUCAAGAGAAUCCGAGUAUGAUGAAGAGGAAUCAUAUGAGAGUGAAUAACCCAAAAAGAAAGCUAAAAGAUGA